AUGAUGGGCUCCGUGCUCCCGGCGGAGGCCCUGGUGCUCAAGACCGGGCUGAAGGCGCCGGGGCUGGCGCUGGCCGAGGUCAUCACCUCCGACAUCCUGCACAGCUUCCUGUACGGCCGCUGGCGCAACGUGCUGGGCGAGCAGCUCUUCGAAGACCGGAGCCAGCACGCCAGCCCCAAGACCGCCUUCACCGCCGAGGUCCUGGCGCAGUCCUUCUCGGGCGAGGUUCAAAAGCUAUCCAGCCUGGUGCUGCCGGCCGAGGUGAUCAUCGCGCAGAGCUCAAUCCCCGGAGAGGGCCUCGGCAUCUUCUCCAAGACGUGGAUCAAGGCCGGCACCGAGAUGGGCCCCUUCACUGGCCGGGUCAUCGCUCCGGAGCAUGUGGACAUCUGCAAGAACAACAACCUCAUGUGGGAGGUGUUCAAUGAGGAUGGCACGGUGCGCUACUUCAUCGACGCCAGCCAGGAGGACCACCGAAGCUGGAUGACCUACAUCAAAUGCGCCCGUAACGAGCAGGAGCAGAACCUGGAGGUGGUCCAGAUCGGCACCAGCAUCUUCUACAAAGCCAUUGAGAUGAUCCCUCCAGACCAGGAGCUGCUGGUGUGGUAUGGAAAUUCACACAACACCUUCCUGGGGAUCCCUGGUGUGCCCGGACUGGAGGAGGAGCAGAAGAAGAACAAGCAUGGUAGGUAGUCCCCAUGAGCCCACAGUGACGAUGGAGCCACAGAGCUCACAGAGGGUGAGCGAGUGAGUGAGGGUGUGUCCCCAUGAGCCCACAGUGACGAUGAACCCACAGAGCUCAGAGAGAGGGUGAGCGAGUGAGUGAGGGUGUGUCCCCAUGAGCCCACAGUGACGAUGGAGCCACAGGGCUCAGAGAGGGUGAGCGAGUGAGUGAGGGGCUGUGUGUGUGUUUGGCAGGGAAACUCCUGGCCUCUGGGGACCUUGGUUCCACCUCCAGCAGCGUCAAGCACACGGCACUUCCUGGUUUAAGGAGGCUGAUGCCCCUGGAGCCACAGCCAUGGUCCAGGCACGGAUGGAAGACAGUUCUGAUUCUGGACAAAAUAGACUGUCUGGGGGCAGACUGGGUGGAGGGAGAAGCAGGGUGUGGCAGAGGAGCAAAGGCCAGGCAGUAAAGACACUGGAUUGAAUUCCAGUUCUGCUGUGCAAUCUUGGGAAAUGGCUCUGUGCUUGGUUUCCCUGCCUCUCAAAGAAGGAUGUUUGUUAGGCAAGAUGAUGUCUAAGCGCCCUCCCAGCUCUGUCCAUGGUGCUGGACCUGGCACAGAGUAGGUGCUCAGUGUGCAUCUGUUGAAUGAAGGCUGAGCAGAGAGAGACACAGAGAGAGAGAGAGAGA